AUGAGGUUACUAACACCGUUUCCGCUUCCAAAUUUCGACUACGAAGAGCCGGUUGAAAAACGUUUUGAAGACCUCUGUCAAGAUUUAUGUAUAGAUGGAUCUGUUAGAGAGGAAGCUUGGGAAAAGUACAAAGAUGUUUGGGCGAAUUAUUCGAUUGAUGGUGACCAAAUCCAGUGGCUUGUUUGUUCUCUCUAUGAAUGUUGUCGCCGUUGUCUAUCAGACGGAAUUUCUGGACAUGUCGAUAACGCCUAUAUAUCUCUGUCACGAUUGUUAUCUGCAGCCAAAAUGAGUAUGGUUCAGUUUUUUCAUCGUAUUAGGAAAUGGGCUGACAUGACUGAUAUGCUGGAUGAUAUGAGAGAUCGCAUCGAGCUCAUUGAACGUCAGUUCUCCGUUUCAUCGGUGAUAUUUCGUAAUUUUGGUCGAUCGUUUGGGGUAUUAUUUUCUGACACAGAUUAUGAAACCAGUCAAAUGCGCCCAACGGGUUCUGACUUAUUCAGGUUUACAUGGCUGCUGUUCAUCAAGUCUCGAGCAAGUUUUCCAGCAGUUACCGAUGAUUUAGUCAAUUCCUAUCACUUACUAGCCUGCUGUUUGGACUGGACUCUUGGUGCAGUUAUGCUUUCCAGAAGACGAGAUUUGAUCAAUAUGGAGCAAAAUGGUUUGCCUAGGGAUUUUUUAACUUCAGUUGCUCAAAACAAAACUUGGUGCCCACCUCAUGAUGAGCCAACUUGUAUGCUACGUCCAAUAUGCGAAGAUAAUGAUGUUAAUUAUGUUGAGUGUAAAACUGUGAAAGAACACUUUUUUCGACCAUUUAUGCUAAGGCUGAUUGAAAAGGAUUUGAUCAAACUUCACCCUUCAGUUCUUGGGAGUUUAUUAGAACAGGAAAAUUUCGAAAUAACAAUUCAAAAUUUGAACAAUAACUAUGAGGAAUACAUUAUCGGUACGGGGGACUUUGAUGAACGUAUUUAUCUGAGCCCGAAUGCAUCAGAAGAAAUUGGAUCAAUCGGGGAAAAUACUGUUCAGUCUGAUUUUCAUCUACCUGUCGGUCUGACACCAUCUGCGCGCCGAUAUAUGCUCGAAGUUAGUAACUCUGGUUUUGGAGGUUUCACUGAGACUACGCGGCGUGGUAAUGCGAAUGCUGGUGCUAUCAGUCGUCUUAAUGGAGGUGUCAAUUUUAGCAAUCCUGAAGCUCGAAGUCAAAAUCUCAAUCAAUUACAAAUUUUGUUAAAUGGUCGAAACAAUGAGCCAUGUGAAUCUUUAGUCCAUCUUAUCAAUGCACAUUGUUCUGUAUCACCACUCUCUACAAUUAGUGAAAGAUUAGAUAAUUUAGGUGAACAAUUUCAACGAGCUUAUGCUGGAUUAAAAUCAAUCAAUAGUAGUGGAGUAACAAUAACACCAACAGCGAAUAAUUUAGCAAUUUCAGCUGCACAACAACGACUACAAUUAUGUUAUCCAUUAUAUUACAUGGCUUUAGAAAAUAUUCUCUUAGAUGAAAUUCGUAGAAUCGAAAAGAAACUGGUUACUACUACUCCCACUCCACUCUCCAGUUCAAAUAGUUCAAAUAAAACACGCCGUACUCGUCCUGACCUUACCACAUUAUUAGCACAAGAUACAUUUCAUCGGGCUUUAUUCAUUUGUUGUAUGGAAAUAGUUAUGGUGAGUUGCGAUCCACCAAACCACCAUUUUCCAUGGAUAUUAGAAGCGUUAAGUCUUGAUUCAGUUCAAUUCUUUAAAGUCGUCGAAGUUUUAGUUCGUAACCUAGAUUUGCCGCGUGAAAUUGUUAAAUAUAUGAAUCAAGUUGUCGAAUAUAUUCUAGAUUCAUAUGCAUGGCGUAGAAACUCUUCAAUAUGGUCGGUACUAAAAGCAACCGGACGAGCUCCAUCUAUUGAAGAAGUUAUACCUCCUGAAAAACUUGAUCAAGGUUCUAACGAUUGUUACACACGAAAUACCACUACCAUAUCUCCUGGCCGAAAAUUGUUAACUUCUAAUGUAAUAUCUACCAAAAAUAUAAAACUCUCACCAAAUUCUUAUGCUAAACAACCUCGUCUUACAGGUAGUAACAAUAGUAAUAAUAACAGUAAUAGUAUUACAUCUAAAGUAUCAGUUAGUCGACAACAAAACAUUGAAUUUUCAACAAACCAACCUGGUAUCUAUCGGCUACUUUCAUCGGGAGUUGAAGAUGAAUCUGCUCAAGCAGCAGCUCAACUACUUGCAAGUGGAGCUACUGAUUCAGUUAAUAUAGAUUCUGGUCUUCUUGGAACAUCAGAUGAUGUUGGCAUCAAUCAGGAUAAUGUGAAUAUUGAUGUGAAACCGAUAACAGAGCAGUUAGUUGAUGAUUAUAUUGUUAACACCGCAGUUACUGUGACUAGUGCUACUACCACCGUUAAUAGUAGUAAUAAUAGUACUGUUGUUACAUCUCUAACGACUGGUUCCGGCAAUACAAUUAAUUAUUUCCCUAUUCGACAUGAUUCAAUUGCCAUAUUUUUUCGACAAACAUAUCAAUGGCCAGUUUAC